CGAAAGCUGUGGCCGCGAUUGGUGUGUUUCCGUUGCGUUGCUAAAAAUUGGUGGUUAUUUAUUAUUUAGAAGUACUCUCCCCUCCCAGCCAGCCAACCGCAAUCAGCAUUCCGGACCGUAUUGCCGGCAGGUAUGGUGUUAGUAUCAUGUCCACCAUCGAGGAACGUACAGCGUACCUAGACAAUCCAUACUUCAAAGGACACAUCUACGGGAACUUUAACCCGUUCUACGUUACAAUCGCCAUCUGCACCGUGCUCGGCGUGUUCAUCUUCGUGCUGAACAUCGUGUGCGGUUGCUGCUCCAAGCACAGACAGUACUGGCAGGACCGGCAUACCGGAAAUCGGUGGUUAGUGUCAUUUUGGUCAGCUACACCGCAUAAGCAACCGCCGCUGGAUUUGACCGAGCUGAAAGACGCCAGCUACUUCCAACCAGUCAACCCCGACGUUGAGCGCCCGGUGGAGUACACCGUGUCCCACCAUCGGCCCCAGUACCAAUAUCCGCCCGCUUCCGCCCGUGGUGCUUCCCCGCAGGGCUACCACCAUCGCGAAGAGUACGUGGAGCUGCAGAAGCGCGAAAGCGACAUCUAG